AGUGAUAGAAGUUCCUUUGAGUCAGACGUGUGCAAUAUCAAAAGCGCAGGGCAACACCGAAACUCCCCGAACGUUAUAUAUACCGAGAUCCGGAAGUUAACGAGGACAGGUUGAAGUUGAACUAGCUUCAGUGGCGGGCUUGCGAUAAGCUUAGUCGGAGUGCAAACGUUUCCCGUGGCCCAUCUUCAAAUAACAAAAAUUCCCCUCCAAAAAAAAAAGAAAAACAAAAAAUUCGCGAUCAAAAAAAAAAAAAAAAUUUACCUUAAAUUUUACUAAACAGAACAAAAAAUAGAAUUGCACUCCACAAAAAAAAAAAAAAAAACCCGCUGCCAUCUGAUUAAAGAUUAAAACUUUUAUUUUUCGAAGAAUUAUGUAAUUAUUUCGAAAAUUAAUCAAAUAAAAUGACGAAAUUUUAAAAAGAAAAAAUAAACAGUCCAUAAAAGAAUCGAAGUAGCUUUAAAAAAAAAAAAAAAAAAAAAAAUGACGAAAGUCACGCGGAUAUAGAAACACGUGAUGCGAAUUUUUCCGAAUCUUUGAAAGUACAAUAUACAAGCGAAAGGCAAUCUCACGGUAUUUUUUUGUCAACUUAUUUUUUUAAAAAUAAUAUAAAUUAAAAACUAUAUAUAUUUUAAGAGAAAUGUUAAUCUGUUAUGAGAUAUAAUUAAAUAUAUUCUCUUUCUCUAUAUAUAUACACACACACAUAGCAAAGUUGUAUUAGACUUAAACUUGUAGAUUAUAAAGUAAAUUUAUAGUAUACUUAUAGCAAUUAGUAAUAUUAAUAAACAAAGUGAUUUAUCAAUAAUUAUUAGAAAUUAAAUGAAAAGUUAAAUUCAAUUAAAUAACUUUUAGAUUAAUGAUAAGUAAAAGUUUAUUGAUAGCACGUGUGUGAUAUUUUAUUUUCGAUUUUUGAAAAAAAAAAACAAGUAAAAGUUUUGAAAUUAAAAAAAAAAAAUUAUUGUUUUUAAAUUAAAUAAGAGAUUGUAAUUUGCACUUAAUAUUUAUAAACGCGUAUUGACAAUCAUUUAAAUAUAUAUAUAAUUCUUGAAAUUAUUCUUCGGAUAAUAUAAGAAGAUAUUCUGCAAAAAAACUAUAGUCUAUGGCUGCCGUUUUUGACGAAAUCGACCUAGCUGACUUAAAGUUCGUCGAGUGCAAUAUUAAAAGUGCCGCUCACACUUUUCAAGUGAUAACACCAUUUCGAUCUUUGGUACUUUGCGGUGAAAAUAGACAAGAUAUGGAGGAUUGGAUUGGAGCAUUAAAAACAGCUUCGGAAUCUCGUCCAUCGACUGAUGCAGGAACAGCAGAACUUUUAGGUGGAAAUCAUCAAUGGUAUGCAACAAGUCAUGCUAGGCCGACUUACUGCAACGUUUGCAGAGAUGCUCUUAUUGGAGUUACCUCACAUGGUUUAAGUUGCGAAAUAUGUAAAUAUAAAGUACACAAAAGAUGUAGCGCUAAGGCAAUAAAUAAUUGUAAAUGGACGACAUUAGCAUCGAUUGGAAAAGAUAUCAUCGAAGACAAAGAUGGGAAUAUCUCAAUGCCUCAUCAAUGGAUGGAAGGAAAUUUGCCAGUAUCAUCAAAAUGUUCCAUUUGUGACAAAACCUGUGGCUCUGUUUUAAGACUGCAAGAUUGGAGAUGUUUAUGGUGUAGAGCCACUGUUCACACAGCAUGUAGGCCCGCUAUGAGCGAUAGAUGCCCCCUAGGACCAGGAAAACUUAGUGUUGUACCUCCCACAGCAUUGCAUAGUAUAGAAGAUAUGUUUGCUUUCGAAACAGGAAGUGACGAAGCCUGGGAAGCAGUGAGACCAAUAGGAUGCAGUCCUCUUUUAGUAUUUGUUAAUAGUAAAUCUGGUGACAAUCAAGGAAUUAAAUUCCUUAGGCGAUUUAAGCAAAUACUAAAUCCAGCCCAAGUUUUCGAUCUCAUCAAAGGUGGUCCAGGGCCAGGGCUCAGACUCUUUCGGCAUUUCGACCCUUUUCGGAUUCUUGUAUGCAGUGGAGAUGGAUCAGUUGGUUGGGUUCUUUCGGAGAUUGAUCGGUUAGGAAUGCACAAACAAUGUCAAGUUGGAGUAUUACCGUUGGGAACUGGUAAUGAUUUGGCGCGAGUUUUAGGAUGGGGUGCGUCAUGCGAUGAUGAUACACAUUUGCCACAACUUUUAGAAAAAUAUGAAAAAGCCAGUACAAAAAUGUUGGAUCGCUGGAGUGUUAUGACAUUCGAAAGAAGUAUAUCGUUACCAUGUCGUAAAUUAUCAAUGAAUCAAACUGAUUUGCCUUUGAGUUCGGCAUUAGUACAAGAAUAUGAGGAUAGUGUUCUUUCGCAUAUAACAAAUAUUUUGCAAUCAAAUCAAGAUAAUUUAAUUAUAUCAAAUGCCAAAAUUUUAUGCGAGACAGUAAAAGAUUUUACGGCACGAGUUAUUGAUAUAAGUUUUAAUUCUGGUGAUCAACAACUUGCCGAAAAAUGUGAUAUUGUUCAACAAAAAUUGAAUUCAUUGAUUAAAAUCUUACAUAUCGAUGAUAAUGACUAUCAGGAUAUUGAAGACGAUAGAGAGUUUAGUAAUUUUAGAGCUGAAAACAUUCCAUCAUUAGAUCAUCAAGAAAAGGGUGUUUUAGAAAAACCCGAGAAGGAUAUUACUAAUUUAAAAAGAGUUCGUAAAAGAAAAGAUUUUAUGGAUAAGGAUGCUUUAUUAUCCAGGGCCGACAGUUUGAAAAGAGCAAUUCGAAGUUUUGCAGAACUUACAGAACUUUCUAGUGAAGAACAAUCAAUGAAGAGAAAUUUAAUGAGUUAUGAUAAAAAGGCAAAUUUGGAUCUUCCUCUUGUGGCAACAUUACAUUCUAUAAGUAGUACAGAUUCUUCCUUGUGUUCCAGUCCAACUCCAAAUGUUGCGUCUCUUAGUCCAAUGCCCGAUUUGAGAAGAGAUUCUCAAGCCGAUGAAAUGUUGACAUUACCGGCACCAGAUGGUUUUGCUGACAGCAGAAGAAAUAGUUCCAACAUGCCUCAAGUAGCUUUCAGUUUUGAAGCACCAAUGGUGGAGAAAGCAUUAUUAACAGAAUUAAAAAAAAUACAAAAUGAAAUAAUGACAAAUGGAGAUGAAUUUCAAAUUGAAACCCAAUCUGAUAUUCAAGUGACAGUAACACCAACGACAUUAGAUACAAGUUCACCAACUGAUGAUACCACAAUUCAGGAUGCAAUGAUUUCACCUGAUUCGGAAACUGCAUUUUCUAAAAAUGCAUCACUUGAAAAUAUGCAUCGAAUGCAAAGUGAUGUUAAAAUUGAUCCAAUAAAGGGAAGUUGUAGUAACAGUAUUAUUAGUCUCGACAGCACAGUUUCUGAUACUAUGGAUUCAAAAAGUCUCAAUGUGAAAAAUAGCGAAAGUGAAAUUGGUCAUAUAGACAGCGAUAUUCUCGAUUCGACAAAACAGUCCGACAGUCCGGAAAUUGGACACAUUGACUCGGCGGAAAAUUCCGAAAUAUACGAGACACAAUCGGAAAGUAUGAUUGAUGAUUUAAGUUCAUUGGGACAAGAUUUAAUAAGUACAAUAAUGGGCGAAAAAUAUGAUUCUGUACGUGAAUGUUUAGAAUCGGAGAAUGUUGAAAAACCAGCGAAAAAAUAUUGUAGUCUCGCUCAAUUUGCUGAGGGCAGUGAUAUUGCAAGAAGAUCAUUUAAAAAACCAUCGAGAAAUAUUAAAAUUGAUCAGGAAAUGUUAUUUGGCGGGAAAAAUCUUGAAUUUCCAUCGAAUAUAUUAAAAAUAAAUAGCAAUGAAAAUGAAAAAAAUGAUAAACAUUCACAGAGUGGUGAGAAAAUAACAAAUUUAUUAAGUCCCGUUUGUUGUUUUACUGUUUCAUCUGAUCAAAAUGUGACAAAUGAAUCACAACAAAUAUUUCCACCGACAAUAAGUGUUAUUGUCGAUCCACCAAGUCCAUCGGCAUCAAUUGGCAGUCGUCAUGAGAAAGAAAAUAAAUUAAAUUCCAAAUUGAGACGAUUGAGUGGUGAGAGUAUGGAAAAAUUAAACGUCGAAUUACCAGAAUAUGGAUGUUCACCGCAAGCAACGAGGCGAAUAAGCAGCGGUAGUUUAUUAAAACCAAACGAAGUUGUAUCGUUGGCAGCAUCGGCUGCAAGACUUGGAGGAUCGAGUUUAAGCCUUCGACACGAAAGAGCAAAAUCAGUCGAUAAAACGGAAGAAGUUAAAAAACUGCCAAUUAUUAAUCCUCUUGUCCGAUUGCCAAUGUGGCCAAAUGUCAGCGGAGGUGCUGGUUUAAUAAGUCAAGCUUUACUUGCAAAUGCAGAUGCUCUUUGCGCAGCUGUUUCACCAUUAAUGGAUCCAGAUGAAACUCUCAUGGAAGGUUAUUUCGAACGAUGUGUUAUGAAUAAUUAUUUUGGCAUUGGAAUUGACGCGAAAAUAAGUCUUGAUUUUCAUCAUAAACGAGAGGAACAUCCAGAAAAAUGUAGAUCACGUGCAAAAAAUUAUAUGUGGUACGGAGUUUUAGGUUCUAAGCAAUGGCUACAAAAGACAUAUAAAAAUUUAGAUCAAAGAGUUCAAUUAGAAUGUGAUGGUCAAAGAAUACCUUUGCCUUCAUUACAAGGAAUUGUCGUUUUAAACAUUCCAAGCUUUAUGGGUGGUACAAAUUUUUGGGGUGGUACGAAAGAAGGUGACAUUUUCUUAGCGCCCUCAUUUGAUGAUCGAAUUUUGGAAGUUGUUGCUGUAUUCGGUUCCGUUCAAAUGGCUGCAUCUAGAUUAAUUAAUUUGCAACAUCAUCGAAUUGCACAGUGUCAUAGUGUACAAAUAAAUAUACUUGGAGAUGAGGGCGUUCCAAUACAAGUUGAUGGAGAGGCGUGGAUUCAACCUCCGGGAAUAAUAAGAAUUAUUCAUAAAAAUCGAAUGCAAAUGCUUUUUAGAAAUCGGGCACUUGAAACAUCACUUCGAGCAUGGGAGGAGAAACAACAAAAAGUCUCAGCAGUCUCGCAAUCAUCGUCAACAUUAAGCAGUACUACUUCACAGUCACGAACUCAUUUACAAAUAGAUGGAAAACAAUUGUUACUUACUGAUGAGGAAAUGAGUAUUUUACUUGGUUUCAUUGAAGUUGUUACGACUUUGGUUAAAUGGGUGAAGUUACUUAUUAUUUCACAUCCAAGUCUUGAACCAGAUCUUUAUCAAAUUGCAGCGAGAACUGCAGUUGCACUUGAAAAAGUUCAUCCUGAUGGAAAAAUUUUACAAGGGACGAAUUUACGACCCGUUGUCACUGACUUGGUUUCCACUGCCAGACAAUUGUACGAAGAAUCCUGUGAAUUAUUAAGAGACAAAGCGCACAAUUUAAAAUUACGAGAAGAUCUUGAAAACAAAUUAUCCCUUUCCCUGGCAACAAUGGAGCAAGAAUUGCGAAAAUGUAUAUUUGACGAAGGUGGCACUUGUCUCGUGUAUCUACAACAUUUACCACCUGAAGAUCAGAGCGACAAAAAAAAUCGACAUCGUGGACUAUUUUGGUUGAAAUUCCGUCGAUCAAUUGGAAAUGCAGGCAAUCAUCCAGCGAGAGAUCAAGUGACACAUUGGGGUGUUCAGGAGGUAUGCUGUUGGUUGGAGAAUCUUCAACUUGGAGAAUAUGUCGAUAAUUUUGUUUCACACGAUAUUCGUGGACGUGAAUUAUUAUCAUUAGCCAGAAGAGAUUUGAAAGAAUUAGGAAUAACAAAAGUUGGUCACGUAAAACGUAUUUUACAAGCAAUCAACGAUCUUAAUAGCUAAUCAUGCCAUUUAUUUAUGGAAAAAUAUUAUUUACAGUGCGAUUGAAAUAUUUUAAUUAUUUCAAAAUUUUAUUCACAAUUUAUUUUCUUCUUAAAUUAUUUAAUUAUUAUUCACUAUUAGUUUUUAAUAAUUUAUUUUUAAUUUCUCGUAAUUUGUAAAGAGAAAAUUUUUGCAACAAAUUUAUUUCUUUUUAUAGUACGAAUCUUUUUUUUCUCCAGUUUAUUAGUUUACUAUAAUUAGUUAAUUAUAAAAUUUAUAAUUUUGAUGAUUAAUUAAUUAUUACACUGAAAAAAGAAUUGAUGAGUAAUUAAUUAAUUAUCACAGGAAAAAUGUUUUUUUUUUUUUUUUUUUUUUUUUGUCUUCAAAUACUCAUCAUUCGAUGAUGUCAAAGAAUUAAAAAAACAAUCCAAUCAAAGUUGAUUGCGAUUUUAUGAAGUAAGUAUUUAUUAUACUAAAUAAUAUAUUGAAUAAAAAAUGCCUAUUUUUAUUAAGGGCACGUUAAAAAAAGAAAAUAUUUGCUUUGAGCGAAUACGUAUAUACAGUAUUUCCUUCAGUAGUUUCGGUGCCAAAACUCUAGUCUCUUUUUAUUAAAAUAUAAUCAAAAAUAAAAUAAAUGUACGUGUAUGUUUUUCACGAACGUUUUAAUUGUUUUUUUUUUUUUUUUCUCAAAUCAAAGCGUAUUGUUAAUUGAAACAAUACCGCUGCUUUGCACAAAAUAGAUAAUGAGAUUUAACGCUUUUUCUAGCACAAAACAAGGUUAGAAAUUCGUAAUUAAAAAAAAAAUUGUACAAAGAAAAAUGUUUGUUUUUUAAUUUUUUUUUUAAAAUAAUUUUAAUUAAUAUCUUUAUUUAAAAAAGUAAAUUAAGAAAAUUUUUCUCUUGCCAAAAAAAGAAUUGCAAUUAAAUUAGCAAUAAAAUUUCUCCUUUUUUUGUGAAAUUAUAAAAGCAAAAAACUCAUUAAAAUCGCUACGAAUAUAAAUUUUAUGUAAAUGAGAUAGUUUUAUCUAUAUAUAUAUAUAGAGGGAAACUUAUUAUUAAGCUUCUUUUUUCAAACUCUUAGAAUUAGUCGAAACUAUCUCAUAAUAGAAAAAUGAUUUCUCUCGUAAAUUUAUAAACUUCUUAUAUAAUAUAUUAAUAGAGAACUGUAAAGAUUUAAACUUCUUAUACUCUAUUGUAAAUAUCUUGUUUCUUGCCAUGCUCGUCUGAAAUAUCGUUUAUUUUCGAAGGAAUUUUUUUUUUCGUUCUAUUUGAAAAAAAAAAUUCUUUUUUUUAAAAAUUAAAACGAUAUUUCAAUAAUUAUUAUAAACGAGCAAUUGUUAUUGUCUUAAAUCUUUUUUACAAAUCUGUAAUAUCAUAAAUAAGUUCCUUCGUUAGAGAAUUAUAACUAUAAGUAUAAUAAUAUAUAAUAUUAAGCGUUUAAUAAUUGACAAGCGUUUCUAAUUAAGAUGGGAAUUUUCAUUUUUAAUAGAUCUCGGAAAAAAAAAUAGUUCUUUAUUUAAUCGGUUUUUAUAAUUUAGAAAGCUGAUGGAAAAUUAAGAAAAUAAUUUUUGCUAAAUAUAUAUAUUUUUAAAGAAAAUAUAUUUCUUAAAGUUACUUUUUUUUUCAUUAGGUAAAAUUCUAAAAUAUGAAAAUUCCCAUCUAAUUUUUUAAUCAGAAACUGCUAACUAUAUAAUUAAACUCAGAAAGUUAAACUUCCAUGGAAGAUUAAGCGUUUGACUGUAUGGUGCCUCUAUAAUACAAUUUUCAGUAACGAUCUUAUGCGCCUUUCUGUAAGUCUGUAAACUCGAAACUACUCAAAUCUCGUUACCAUAAUUAUUAUAAAUAAUAUUCUCUCGACAGUCAUUGUAGAUUUAUAUAUACACUUUGAAAAUUCGCACAGUUAAAUGUGCUUUCGAUGUGAUACUGAGUUUACUCUUAUAUUUUUAAUUAUUUCUUUUUAAGUAAAAAAUUUACAAAAAAAAAGAAAGAAAGAAAACUAGAAAAAGUAUUUUAAAAAAUACUUCUUGUUUCAAAAUUCUUAGUAUGAGAAACUUUUUUUUUUUUAAAUAAAAAUUUGGUACCUUUAUCUGUGCGACAGUUUAGCAUUUUUAGUAUAAAGACUGAUAUGUAGAGAAACUAUAAUUUAAAUAGCAAAAUUCUUCUAAAUUAUUUAAAAUUGAAAAUUAAAUUUAAUUGAAAAAGUAUACGCAAUUUAUUUUUGAAUAAUAUAAAGGGAAAAAAUUCUGUAAAUAUAAUAACUUGAAUCAAAUCUCAUAGUUUUUACUCUUUGAGAAAAUUUGUUGAUGAAUGUGUAAAAAAAUAGUUGCGAUUAUGAUGAUAUGAAAACUUUCAUUCUUGCCUGUAAAUUAAUAAUAAUUAUACCGAUAAAAUACUCAAUAAUUAAAAGAAAUAUUGUAAAUAAGUAAAAAAAAAAAAAAAAUUUGUUUUGAAAGAGAAAACACAUCAAGUAGAAUCCUGGUUAUUAUUUUUUUUUUAUUUGAAACAAAAUAUCGUUAUAAGUGUAACUAUUCCUCGAAGUAAAUCAAAAUUCGCUCAUUUCUAUAUAAAUAGAAUAUAGCGUAAUUUUUAUAUUUAAAACAAAAAAAAAAAAAAACAAUUCUAAAUAAAAAAGUUGAAUUAAAAAAGAAAAUUCUAAACUGAGAUUUUUCGAAUACAAAGACAUUUUUUACAAUUUAUUUUUUAUUAUAUAAUUUAUCGACAAAUUUUUUUUUUUUAUUUUAUAAUAUUAUGAAAUUAUAUUGAAAAUCAAAUCAAAUUCAAAAAAUAUAUAUUACCGAUAACUGGGGUAAUUAUACCGACAAAAAUGCUAAUUUUUAUAAAAGUUGAUUCUUUCGAUUAUUUUGGAGGAUCGAAAAAUGAUUUUUUUUACUAGUCUUUUUACUCAACAAGUCAAUAAAGAAUUCAAGAAUUUCAAUUUUUUGUCGUUGCAUUCUUUCAGAAAAAAAAAAUCAUAAGUAUUUCAGUAUGAAAAAUUGACGAAAAAUUAUUUUUGAGCAAUUUAUAAAUUUUUUUUUAUCAAUUAGAAAUUUUAUUUUUUUUGAAAAAAUGUAAAAGUUUCAAAAUUUAUUGUUCAGAAUCAUGAAAAAAAUAGUAAAAAAUUAUUAUUAUUGAAAAAUAAUAGAAAUUAUGAUACUAAGUUGAAAUUUUAAUUUUGUUAAUUAUGAAUUUUACUUCAAAAUUUAGUAAUUUAUUAUAAAAAAUAAUUUUUUUUCAAUAUCGAAAAAAAACAAUCUAAGGAAAAAAUUUUAGUAUUUAAAUUUAAAUAUUUACACACCAAGCGGCAUUUUUUAUAAAUAUUUUAAAAUUCAAAUUUUAUUCAUUAAAAACUGUCGAUGGGUAUAAUAGCCCCAUUGAAUGUUAUAAUUACCCCCAGUUGACUAUAUUUAUUUUCUGAUAGAUUUAAAAAACGAAUUUUCGUUUUUUUUUCCCCAAAAAAUUCAUUUUUUCAAUAAUUUAAAUUAGUAUAAUGUAUAAAAAUAAUAAUCAAUAAUAAUAAUUUUUCAGUUUAAAAAAUAAAUGUAAAAACAAAAACCUCAAGAUAAUCGCAAAUUGAUAAAAAAAAAAAAAAUAGUGAAGUAUAUAAACUGAAGCUAAAUUCUAAAAAAAGUAUAUAAUUAUGUAAAACAAAAUGUGAGUGAAUCGUGUGAAUCUGAUAAAAUCUUUGUAAAUUUUUUCAAAAUUUUAAUUUUAGCGCACAUUUUUCCAAAAGAACAAAAAACUAAGUUCUUCAAAAAAAAAAAAUAAAUAAAUAAAAAUAAUCUGCCUUACUAGUAAAAAAUAUUUAUUUUAUUCACAAUAAUUCUUUUUUACUUUCAAUUUUAUUCUAUAUAUGUAAAUUUUUUUUCUAUCAGAAAUUUAUAAUGUUCGUAUAUGUGAUUUUUUUUUAUUCUCAAAAAACUUCAUUUUCAAAGAUCUGAAAAAAAUCACAUUUAAGUAUUAAAAAAAAAAAAAGUGUAUUUAGUGAUUGUUUUAAAAAAAAUUUAUUUAAUAUCUCUUUAAGUUUGAACAUUCUGUGAUAAAAUAAUAAUACAUAAUAAAGUGUUGUAUAUUUUUCUUAAAAUUAGUCUUACCAGAGAUUUUCUCUCAACUCUUUUUCAUAAAUACAUAAAAAUAAUAUAAUUUUAAAAUAAAAUUUUCAUGUAACUUUAAAAAUUUAUAAGCUAUGUAUUUAUAGUAAUUUGUUUACAGGUUUAAUAUUUAAAAAAAAAUUGUUCAUUUUUAAAUUAUUAUUUAGAAAUUAUUAGAAAUUGAAAUAAUUCAAAACUAUUUUUGAAUAUUAAAAAUGAGUUUCUUUCAUUAAGAACCAAUUCUAUCGAUUCUAUAAUAAUUAGAGUAGGUAAUAUAAGUUAAAAAAAAAUUUUUGUAAAAAAAAUAUGAAAUAUAUUAUAUAUAUAUUAUACAAUUUAUAUAAUAUUUAUUAUGUAAUAAUUAAUAAUAAAUUUAUUAUUAUAUAAAUGAUAUAUUUCAUAUUUUUUUGUGGUUAAUACACAUCGAAAAGCUCAGAAGUGUAAUUUUUUGCGGAAAAAUGAAAAAAAAAAAAAAAAAACAACAAAAUUUUCCCUCUUAAAAAGUGUAAUUUCCCUAUUUAUGGUACAUAAUAGUUGAAAUAUAUAAAUAUAUUAAUUAGCUCAUUCGAAAUUUCCUAUAAUAUAGCUUUUAAAUUUUUAAAAUCCAAAAGAGAAAAAGAAAAACUUAUGAUAGAAAAAAAGAGGGAAAUUUUAUGUGAUUUUAUAUACUCAACUAUAAUAUAAUAUAAUCAAUUUAUAAACUUUUAAAUCUUUGUUCUCUUCUGUCGUCCUAAUUUAAAAAAAACUGAUUACAUUUCGAGAUAUUUGACAAAAUGCGCUAAUUUUAUUUUGUCAAACAAAAUUGCAAUUUCUGUUUUUUUUCUUCCAAAUAUGCAAAAACUGUAUAUAUGCGCUUGUUAAGUGUAAAUUCGUCUUUUCUUUCACGGAUAAAAAAAGACUCAUUUUUCGUAGAAAAAACAAAAAAAAAAAAAUGUAGAUAGCAUAUUUUUAAAUCAGGACAGCAGUAUUCACUUAACUUUUCAGUGUAUUCGAAAUGUUAAAUAAACUUGAAUUUUUGAAUCUA